AUGGCCCGAUUUCACAGCUUCCAGACGGCUCUCGCCGCCUUCGUCGCCUUCGCCGGAGUUGCUCGAUCUCAGGCGCCCAUCACUUCUUGUCCCACCCAGGUCAGAACAUCUACCGCCUCUAGCGGGAAAUCGUACUCUGUCUGUGCAAGCACGGACUUUCGCGGCCCAUCCGAUCAAGUCCUCCAGGGCGUUGGCUCUGUCCAAGCAUGCAUACAAAUGUGCGACGCCCAAGGCGGGCAAUGUGUCCGCGCCGUGUACGACAAUGAAAACGCAAUCUGUCACUUCAAAUCCAACCAAGCCGGCGCCCUCACAUGGGUCCAAGACACCCAGUUCAGCGCAAUUGUGAGCAGCACCUCUAGGACCGGAGCUGGACAGGGCGCGCCUCCUCCCGCCAAUCCCGGGACCGGCGCUUCGGGCGCUGCUCUCGCUCAGUGUCCAAAUGGGGAUCAAGCCCUCAACACAGUUACCGGAGCCCAAUUCUUGAUCUGUGAGAAUACCGACUUCCGAGGCGAUAGUGCCUCCGUCACGAGUGCCGCGAGCACUGAGUCCUGUGCGGAGCUGUGUUCCCAGACGGCAACAUGCACGAACGCUGUGUUCGACAAGGUCAAUUCUCAGUGCCACGUCAAGGGCGAUCCGACGACUACAAGCCUGACCUGGGUACGAGACCAGCAAUUUGAUGUCAUUCGGUUGAACAUGGGAGGGCUUGGAGCAGGAGCAGGAGCAGGAGCAGGAGCAGGAGCAGGAGCAGGAGCAGGAGCAGGAGCAGGAGCAGGCACAGGCGGUGGAUUUGCUCCUCCACCAGCGACUGCACCGGCGACUGCACCGGCGAUUGCGCCAAGGCCAGCGCCAGCGGCUCCACAGAAGCAAGAUCCUGGUCCGGAUGUCGACCCAGCCUUGAUCGGGUUCGAACUUGGAGGUCUGGGGGCACCACCGCCGCCUCAACAAGCCCCUCCACCAGGCUUUGGUGCGCCACCACCGACUACUGCACCACCACCAGGCUUCGGCGCGCCGCCACCGACUGCUCCUCCACCAGGCUUCUUCGGCAUACCAUUCGUCAAGCGGGAAGAUCCUGGUAGUUCUGAUGCCAAGACCUUGAGGAAGAGGAAGGUAGCUCGCAAGUUCGUGGCCUAG